AUGGCUCGCUUCAACUCCGCUGUGGCAGAGGACUGCGUUGCCGUCACCGAGAAGGCGCUGACGAAGCGGCUGGGGCUUGCCGUGGAGUGCACAGAGCGCUCUGGCCGGACGGUGCAUUUCACGUUUGCCGCGGGCGGCGAUCAGCUGGGUAAGGUGUCGGCUUCCCUCUUCACGGAGUUGGUGCGGGCGGCCUGCGGCUCCGAGCAGGGGACGACGAAGGUGGGCUCAGCCGACGUCUCCGUCGAUUCCCGGAAGGAGCUCCAGUCAGUGCGUUUCGCAGAUGUGGUUCGCGUGCGCAACUUCCAGUUCGACACGCUGCCGGACGACAGCCCCGCACUCACCGCGGUGGCGGAGGCCACGUACUUCCGCUACCUCCUGAAGCACUCCGACGCCCAGGCCUACGCGUUGACGGAGUUUCCCAAAUGCCUAACCGCUAACGGUGCCCCGCGGCGGGACGUUGUGGUUGCCGGGUACGUGCUCUUCUCCCUCGCCGCGGAGGCGGGCGAUGUGGUGAAGCUCCGCGUGUACGCCAAAAACAUUGACGAGGUCCUGGGGUCAAUGUGUACCUCCUCCUUUGCCAGCACCGUCUUGCCGAAGUCGUGGGACAAGCUUGAGGAGCUGGAGCCAAACCACGUUGUGGACCUGCUGGAGGACGCACAGCUGGCGAUAAAUGACUUCUGGACUGACAGUGCCCAAGACGCUCGGGCUCGCUCGCAGGCCAUCUUCCUGAUGACGACGGUUGGCUCCGGACUACGCGAGUACUUUUCAAAGAAGACCAUCGCGGCAGGAGGCAUCUUUAGCGGCGGCAAAAGUGCCACAGAGAUGGCCCUAAGCUGCUGCGACGAUUGGGUUAACAUGUGCCAAAAGUUGACCACCAUUGACUGGGGCGCCGUGUGGGGAGGCCACUUUGAGGAUCCGCAGCUUCGAAGCGUGCGCGACAGGUUGCGCGUCGUCGCCUCUCUUCGUGACUUGGCAGACGAGAUUGUGGAGCUGUUUACCGCGUCUGGUGAGCUACCGUCGCUGCGCCGGGAGGCGCUGUGGGAGUCAAUGGAGAGCAUUGACAUUUUUCAAACGACGCCCGCGGUGGAGGAGCAGUGGGAGGCUGGCCUGAGCGCCUUCUACCGGCGGCUGGAGCCCAUUGAGCACCGAUGCGCCGCCGCCCUGCGCGACUUUUUCGGCGAGCGCGGCAACUUGGCCCCGCAGACAAUCCUCAAUGAGGUGGUGAAGUUCCGUCAGCUUAUUCGGCGGCCUAUUGUGGCGAAGGAGCUUGUGAAUGAGCGGGAGGCGCUCCUGGCCAAGUUGAAUGAGCGGCUCCAGAGCAUCCGUCUGGAGUUUGAGCACCGCGCGGAGAGCACCGAGGAUGACGUCUUUCUCGAGGACGAGGACCGCCGCUGCCAGACCGGGCGGUUUAUGCCCGGUGUGGUGAACAACAUGAUUUGGCUUCGUCAGCUGCGGGGUCGGGUGGAGGAGAUGGUUCACAUGUGCAAGUCGCUUCUCCUCGACCUGCAGAGCGCCAAGGAGUUUGUCCAGGCGGCAGCCACCUUGCUAGAUGAGGUCGGCGACUACGAGAUGGAGUCCCGCAAGCACUGGGCGAUGGAUGUGGAGGACAACAGGCACGCCCUCAUGCUCGAUGCCAACGCACCCUUGAUGGAGAUUGACGAGAGUGGGCGCGUGGAGGUGAAUUACCCCGAACGCCUGGUGCAGCUUAUUAGAGAAGUGCGCAUAUUUCGGGGCCUCGGCCUUCGCGUCAGUCGUGAGAUUCAGUCAAUGGUGGAUCAGGGUGUUCGCUUUUACCGCAAUGGUGUGUCGUUGAAGCAAAUUGCCAGCACGUACAACUCCAUGACGAAGGAUAUUAUUCCCUGUACACGCGCCAUGCUGUUGGAGCCGGCGUUGGCCUUUGAGCGCAUCAUCACGGCAAGCGGCGAUCGUCAGCUGACGUGGCGAAACAAGGAAGACGCGGAGCGAUUUAUUGGGAAACUGUGUAAGGCGUCUCAGGCCCUAACCGAUGACAACCGCCGUCUGCAUCGGUUGCACAAGGAGAUUGGGUCCAUCGUGGUGGAGCUCUUCAGCGUGGACCUGCUGCGUGCGCGUGAGCGGUGGAUGGGGAAGGUGCACGUCAUCCGUGAAAAAAUGGAGACGUCUGGGUUUAAAAACAUGGAGGCGUGGAAGCUCUUUUGGGACGUGCAGCUGUACAAGGCCAUGGAGUACCAGUAUCAGCUGGGGCUGGAGAGCCUGCACGAGGUUCUGACCGAGAUGAAGGCUGACAUUGUGUAUGAUCAGGAAACGGGCUUGGCGGCACUGCGACCCUCGCUGGAGGCCAUCCGGGGACAGUACUACCAGCGCAUCAAGGAGUUUAUGACUUUCCCGCUGCGAUUCCGCGGGUGCGGUGAGAACGAAUUUUUUAAAGAGAUGCCUGCACGCAACGAGCGUGGUAUCGUUGCUGUCAUGCAGCACGCCUCUCAGCUUUUCAAGAAGGUUCAACAGGAACUGAAACGCUUCAACCCAUUACUGGUCAUUGGGCAGUGUGGGAGAGGUGGAAAUCCCACGCUUGAGGCGAUUGUGGGUAAGACCUUAACUGAGGUGCAGCACUGGGAGCAAGGCAUACGGCUGCUGAAGCAAAAGGGCAAGGAAAUCAACUCGGAGGACCUCUUUAUUAAGUGCGGCUGCAUCACACUCUGCACGGCCAGUAUUAAGAGCACCGUGGAGGACCACCUCUACAAACUCUCCGAGGCGCUGCGUGUCACGCUGCGUCGCAGCGCCGAAAAUCACCUCCGGCGCAUUGAUGUCUACCUCGAGGCGGUCUCCGAGUCGUUGGACGCCAAGCUGACGAAGAUGGACGAAAUUGGUGCGGCCAACGUUCGCCACGCCUACCUGGUGGAGCAGCGACCUGCGAUGGAGGUUGAGUUCUACCACUUCUACAAUAAAAAUGUGCUCCUGCAGAGCAUGAACAGUCAGGCUGGCCUCCAGUUUGCCAAGACGCGGGAGCGGUGGGACACCGUGAUGCGGCGCCUCGACACCUACGAGACUGAGCUGGAGGAGCAGAUGAACACGCUGAAGGGCGUGGUUGAGGAGUCCGUGAAGACUUGGCAGAAGAAACUGGAGCGGUUUACCAAUCAAUGGCAUGAGCUGAAGCCGAAAACGGCGGACGCACCCAACGCGGUGUCGUUUGUGAAGGAGCGUCAGGAGCAGUUUGCGGCGCUAGAGGCGGAAGGGAACGAGUGCGCUCAGCAGUGCAAGUACUUUCAGCUGGAGGAGCCCGACAUGGAGCCGCUCCACGACCUCGGACGCGACAUUGAGGAGUAUGCGCUGAUGUGGAGCAUGAUGGGAACCUUUCACGAGGAGCUGGCGGUGUUGCAGAAUGAGCCGUGGCUCGCGUUGCGGGCGAAGCUGUACCGCUUUGAGGACUUUGUGAAGGUUUGGCAGGAGAAACUAAAAGAAAUUCCCACCAACCCCAUCACCGUUCAAAUUCGUACGCUUCUUGACUCCUGGAGCCGGUGUGCGCCGCUCUUUAAGUUUGUCCGCGGCGACGGGUUUACACCGGGGCACUGGGUGGAACUGUUCCACCUGCUCGGGACCCCGAACGCCACACAAGACACGCUCAAGUUUGGCGACAUCCUCUCCCGCCACGAGACCAUUAUGCGGCGUGAGAUGGACCUGAAGAAGCUGCACUCCCGCGCGCAGGGGGAGGCGCAGAUUCGGGAGGCCCUCGACGAUGUACGAUCGUGGGGCAUGAAUGCAACGUUUACGCUUUGCGCCCACACGGAGCGGCCCGGUGUGAUGCUCAUCACGGAGUGGAAGGAUACGCUCUCCGCCCUCAGCGACAACCAGGCCCUGCUGCUGAGUAUGAAGGAGUCCCCGUACUUCAGCAUCUUCGCCAACGACGCCAACAAGUGGGAGGAGCGGCUGGCGUGCCUCGACGAGUACCUCCGCAGCAUGAAUCAAAUUCAGCGCAAGUGGGUGUAUCUUGAGCCCAUUUUUCGCCGUGGGGCCCUGCCGCAGGAGCAGGAGCGGUUUGCCCGCAUUGACAAGGAGUACCUGCAGGUGAUGAGCACCAUUGCGAGGGACAGCCGCCUUGUCUCCCUCGCAGCCCACACGGAGUACAAGGAGGUGCUGCGCAACGUUUUGGAGCAACUCGAUCGCUGUCAGCGAGCGCUCAAUCAGUACCUUGAGGCAAAACGAGACAGCUUUCCGCGCUUUUACUUCAUUAGCGACGACGACCUACUUGAAAUUCUUGCCCAAAGCCGCAACCCCCUUGUGAUUCAGUCGCAUCUGAAGAAGCUUUUUAUGGGCAUCCACAGCGUCCGCUUUGACACGCAGAAGGAGCACAUCUUGCAGAUUCAUUCACUGGAGGGAGAGACGGUGCCGCUGGAGGAGCCCGUGCACAUCACCGACGAGGUGGAGGAGUGGCUAGCGAAAUUAGACGUUGCGAUGAAGGACACACUUCGGACGCAUUUGGUGCGAUGCCUGGGGAAGCUGGACAUUGGGGCGUACUCUACACAAAUUCUCUGCACCGCCGCGCUGCUUGACUUCACCAAAAAGACAGAAGAGGCCAUUCGUGGGGCGAAGACGGGUGGCCUUGCCAAGCACAAAGCGAACCUGCAAGCACAGCUGCGUGAUCUGACUGUGUUCGCCGGCAGCAACAGUGACGUGGUUGUGGGUCUCAAGUUGAAAUCGCUCAUUAUGGACCUUAUUCACAACAUUGAGGUUGUGGAAACGCUCAUUCAGAACGGCGUUGAAAAGGAAAACGACUGGCUGUGGAGAAAGCAACUGAGAUACUACCUGGAUUGCGAGAACAACUGCGUCCUGCGCAUGGUGGACGCGGAGUUUAAAUACAGCUACGAGUACCAGGGUAACGCCCCGAAACUUGUGCACACCCCGCUAACGGACCGCUGCUACCUGACCCUGACACAGGGCAUGCAGCUUGGCUACGGCGGGAAUCCCUAUGGUCCCGCAGGCACGGGCAAAACGGAGUCCGUCAAGGCCCUUGGAAAUGCAAUGGGACGGCAGGUGUUGGUUUUCAACUGCGAUGAGGGCAUUGAUUUCAAGUCGAUGGGGCGUAUUUUUACCGGUUUGGUUAGAUGUGGUGCCUGGGGCUGCUUUGACGAGUUUAACCGGCUGAAGGUGGAUCAGCUGUCGGCGGUGUCGCAGAUGAUUCAGGUAAUUCAGGAGGCCCUCAAGAACGGCGAGUCCCACUGCCACUUGCUGGGGCGCGACAUUGACGUUAACCCCAAUGCUGGCAUCUUUGUCACAAUGAACCCCGCGGGGAAGCGCUACGGUGGGCGCAGCAAGCUCCCGGACAACCUCAAGCAGCUGUUCCGCUCCGUCGCCAUGAGUGCCCCCGACAACGAGCUCAUUAUGGAGACUAUACUCUUCAGCGAGGGGUUCGAAAAUGCAACGGAGUUGGCCAAGAGAACGGUGGAGAUAUUUAAGCUUGCCGCGGGUCUCCUGUCUCACCAGCAGCACUAUGAUUGGGGCCUCCGUGCGAUGAAGUCUGUCAUGCGGCUUGGGGGCUCACUGAUUCACCAGUACUUGAUGGACCGUGUUGGGGGCAAGCUGCGGCCAACCUCGGCGGAGGUGUUGGAGAAGGAGAGUGAGAUUCUGAUCAAGUCGCUUCGCGUCAACACGCUCUCCAAACUGACUUUUGACGAUGCGAUACUUUUUAACCAUCUCAUCGCGGACGUUUUUCCGGGCGUUCCCAUCAAGGAAAUCGACUACACCGACCUGCACCCCGCCAUUGUGGAGUCGGUGGAGGAGUUAAAGCUGCAGCUUGUGGAGUCGCAGGUGCAAAAAAUACUUCAACUGUAUGAGGCGCUAAAGCAGCGCAUGGGAGUCGUGUUGGUUGGCCCUGGCGGGAGUGGGAAGAGUACACUCCUUCGCGUGCUUCGACGAGCGUUGCAGCGACUUGGUGUUUCUGUCCCCCUGUACGUGGUGAACCCCAAGGCGAUGCCGCGCACGCAGCUGCUGGGCCACAUGGACAACGACACCCGUGAGUGGUUUGACGGCGUCCUGACAGAGGCGGCAAAGAAGGUGGUGAAGGAGGACAAUGACGUGCGUUCGUGGAUUGUCUGCGACGGGGAUGUGGACCCGGAGUGGGUGGAGUCGCUAAACUCGGUGCUGGACGACAACAAACUUUUGACGAUGCCAAAUGGGGUGCGCAUUCAAUUUGGCGAGAAUGUGAGCUUCUUGUUUGAGACCCACAGCCUUGAGUUUGCCUCCCCGGCCACGGUCUCGCGCAUGGGGAUUAUCUACCUCUCAGAGGAGGACGUGAACCCGAAGACGAUGGUCGCCUCCUGGCUGCUGGAGCAGCCGGAGGAGUCGCGCAACGAAAUGCGGGGCUGGAUCGACGAGUUCUUCUACAGGGCUAUUGACAACCUCUUGGCGACGGACAACCUCAUUGUUGACACGACCCGCACGGGUCUUGUCGCCUCGGGCCUCAGCCAGCUGCAGUGCUGCAGCAACAAGGAGCAAUUUACCCUGGCGCUCGUCUACGGACUUGGGUCGUACCUUCCCGAAGAAAACCGUCGGGAGUAUGCGAGGGACAUUCACCACAUGACAGGGGAGCGUGCGCCAAAUAUGAAGCACCCGCUGGACAUCUACUACGACACGCAGCAUGGCGGCUACAACAGUUUCGAGUUCCAGCCGGCCUUUGACCUCGCGGUCGAGGACCUUUACCGGCACCCCAUGAUUGCCACAAUUGAGUGCCAGCGCAACAUGGAAAUUAUGCGGGCCUGGACGAGGCCGCUCCGUCCCGGCGUGUAUCGUCCAUUUAUUCUUGUUGGUCCGGAGGGCUGCGGGAAGACGAUGCUGCUCACCAACUUGUUCGCGGGGAUCCCCAAUACCCGCGUGGCGACGGUGAACUGCUCGGCCCAGACGGAGGCUAUUCACCUCAUUCAGAAACUAAAGCAAACCUGUCAAAUGUUUAACACCAACCAGGGACGCGUGCUGCGGCCGAAGGAGGCGGAGCGCCUUGUCUUAAUGCUGAAGGACAUGAACCUGCCGAAGCCGGACAAGUACGGAACGGUGCAGCUGCACUCUCUGCUGCAGCAAAUUAUCCUCUACAGUGGGUUUUAUGACACCGACCUCGAGUGGAUCACCGUUGAGCGUGUGCAGAUUGUUGGCAGCAUGAAUCCGCCUGGUAGCAUGGGCCGGUACCCCGUUGCGCCUCGCUUUCUUGCCAUUGUGUCGGUUCUUUGCAUGUCGUACCCCUCGCGGGACUCUAUGCAGACCAUUUACUCCGAGUUUUUCAACAUCAUGAUUCAAAGCCACAAGCUCAAGUUUGAGCUACCCGGAAAAGGCGCGGCGGACAUUGCACGCGUCAUGACAACGGUGUACGAGAUGAUUGCCACGCGGUGUACAGUGGAUGUGGCUUCGCACUACAUCUUUAGCCCGCGUGACGUGACGAUGUGGGCCCUGAAUUUACUCAACUACAACUCGGUGGAUGUCCCAGACGCCAUUGGCUACGAGGGACGCCGCAUUUUUGUCGACCGCCUCGUUUCACCUGAGGAGCGGACGAAGUCUGCCAAGUUGAUUUACGACAACUUGCUCUUCCUCGUCGGCCACCGGUCGGGGAUCACGGAGAAGGAGACGGUGUACUACGUCUCCUGGAUGGAUGCCACGACGUCGCGGGUGAGGAAGCUCACCUCCACGGGCAUGGAUGGCCUUCGGAAGUCGGCGGAGGAGCUGCUGCUCACCUACUCGAGGGAGUUUACCGAGUUGGAUGUGCAGCUGAUUCCGGAGGUCUGUGCCUGGGUCGCGCGGGUGGAUCGUGUGUUGUCGCAGGAGCGGGGGAACUUGCUGCUCGUUGGACGCUCCGGCGUGUGCGAGAGGGCCAUCAUUCGCCUUGUCGCCUACAGUCUCCGCAUGGAGGUGAUGACGCUGUCGAUUACGCGGGAGUACGGGAUGAAGCAGUUCUACGCGGAGCUGAAGUCCGUGCUGUGCAAGGUUGGCCUCGAGGCCCAGCACGUUGUGCUGCUGCUGGAGGACCACCACUUCAGCCACAACCCACUCUUCUUGGAGUGCGUCAACUCGCUUCUCUCCUCGGGCGAGAUCCCUGGACUGUUUACGCAGGAGGAGCAGGAGGCCCUGCUUGCCCCGCUGCGGGAGGAGGCCCACGGGGAAGGGAUGAGCCCGUACGCCUACUUUGUGGAUCGCAUUACCCGCCUGCUGCACGUGUGUGUGGUGAUGGACCCGACGAACCCGAGCUACGAGCUGCGGUGCCGCUCCAACCCUGCCCUCUUCACCCGCUGCAACGUCUACUGGAUGGGGACGUGGUACAGCGACAGCCUCAAGCUGAUCCCGCGACUGAUGAUGCGUGACGUCUUCAAGGCGCUCGACACCCGCGGGGACAGGAAGGAGUUUAGCCUCACCACAGAGAUUGUGCACAUCCACCGCGGGUUUGCCGACAAGUUUUCCCCGCAGCACUUCAAAACCCUCUGCCUCACCUACCAGCGCAUCUUCAACGAGAAGAGCAGCGCCAUCGCGGAGAGCCUCGAGCGUCUGCGGUCUGGCGUCGCAAAGCUGGACGAGGCGAAGGAGAAUGUGGACCAGAUUGCCACGGACGUGGCUGACAAGAAGACGCGGAUGGAGGCGAAGCAGCGGGAGGCGGACGAGGCGCUGCAGCAGAUUCAGGCAAAUAUGGAGGAGGCCGGAGACCAGAAAAAAAAUAUCCAAAAAAUCCAGAGUAGCCUGGAGAAGGAGCAGCGAGCCAUUGAGGAGCGCAAGCGCGUGAUUGAGGAACGCCUCAGCGGCAUUCAACCAACGCUCGACGCGGCCCUCUCCUCAGUGCGCUCCAUUCGCUCCGAGCACCUCGCCGAGUUGAAGUCGAUGAAGCAGCCGCCAGCCGCCGUCCAGGACGUGAUGGAGGGGGUCGUCGUCCUCAUCGCGAGCAACUCCGUGACGGAGAUCAACUGGGCGGUCAUUCGCAAGGUUCUCGCCGGCGACAUCAAGAAUGACAUUCUCAACUUUGACCUCGACAACGUGAACGAGACGUCGCGCGGGAAGUUGGAGCGGUUUAUUCAGGGCCACGAGAACUCCUUCCGGCGCGAGGUGAUUGGGCGCGCCUCGAAGGCCGCCGCACCGAUGGCAGAGUGGCUCAAGGCUGUGGUGGCAUACAGCAAGGUGCUGCAGACGGUGGCUCCCAUGCGGGAUGAGCUGCAGGGCUACGAGGCCAACCUGCGGAGUGGCAACGAGAAGAAGAAGAAGUAUGAGAUGAAGCUUUCCAAGGUUGAGGAGCGUGUGGAGGAGCUUAAAAAGAAUUUUGCAGAGAAGACGACGGAGGCGGAACGGCUAAAAGACAGUUUGGAGCAGGCGGAGCAACUGUACCAGAGUGCGCAUGACCUUCUUUCAAAGCUUGCGAGCGAGCAUGCCAGAUGGGCGACGCAAAGUAAAGCCAUUCAAGCUGAUCAGCACCUCCUUCCAAAGCGUUGCCUACUCGCGGCGGCGUUUGUGCUGUACUUGGGCAACGAGGCGGAGGAGGUGCGUCGUCGCACGUUGGAGGGAUGGAAGGAGCGCAUGAAACAACUCGAGGAUUUCAAUUUUUUUACCUUCCUCCGUCCAGAGAGUAUGCAGCUGCACUACAAGGCGGAAGGGCUUCCUGGCGAUGAACUUUCGAUGGACAACGCCGUCAUCAUGCAGGAGCAGGUCACCACGCCACUUAUCAUCGAUGGCUCUGGCCAGGCUGUCAACUGGUUACUGAGUAAUCUGAAGGGGCGGGAAAUCACGGUGGACGUCUGCAGCGUCUCUGACGUACGUCUCGUGUCGGCGCUGGAGUUGGCCCUUCGCUUUGGUAAAAGCUUUGUUAUUACGGACGUGGACCACAUUGAGUCCUUUAUGUAUCCAUUAUUUCGCAAGGAACUGCAAAUGGAGGGGUCGAAGCGGGUGAUUCAAAUUGGUGACCGCCGCACCGUGGACUACAGCGACGGGUUUCAGCUUUACCUCGUUACGCCCUCCACCGACCUGCGCAUUCCGCCGGAUGUGCUGAGCUACUUGACCCCAAUCAACUUCUCCAUUACUCUGAGCGGGCUUGAGGGACAGUUUCUGGGGACAACCAUCCAGCACGAGCAGCCGGAGCUUGAGAAGGAGAAGCUGGAGGUGCUGCGGAAGGAGGAGACUCUGAAGCUGCAGCUGGCGAGCCUGGAGGAGGCGCUGUUGAGCGAGCUGGCCAACUCCAAGGGGUCUUUGCUGGAGAAUAAGACAUUGAUUGACUCGCUCAACGAAAUCAAGACGCAGGCGGCCGAGAUUAGUGAGGCUCUUGAAAAGUCCAAAACGGUGCAGGAGGAGAUUGACGCGAAGCGCAACGUCUACCGGCCAUUUGCCACAACCUCCAGUGAAACCUUCUUUAUUGUAAAGAGCCUUAACGGUCUCUCCCACAUGUACCAGUUCUCCUUCAACUUCUUCAUGGGAAUCUUUCGCGAGACGCUGCAACGACACGCCGAGGACCACACCGACGCUGAAACGAAGAUUGAGGCGCUAAAGACCACCUUUGUGCGUCUUGUGGUCUACUCCGUCUCCAUCUCCCUGCUGAAGGAGCACCGUCCGAUUUUUGCCAUCUACCUCGCCCGCUCCCUGCACCCAAAGGAGUGCAAGCCCGCCGAGUGGGAUUUCUUUCUCGACCGAGCCAUUGCUCCUGAGGCGGGGAAGAGGGAGGUUCAGGUGCCGAAUUGGGUGCUGCCCGACAGCCGGGACCUCUUCCGCUCCUUGCUUGUACUUUUCCGUGAUCUGGCGCCUAAAAUGAAUCUCCAAGAGGCUGAUGUGUGGCUGCAGUGGAUGCAGUCGGCAACGCCGGAGACGGAGUACCCGGAGUUCCUUAUGAAGCUGACAGACUUUCAACGUCUUCUUAUCGUAAAGACGCUUCGCAGCGAUCGCCUGAUCGCGGCUGUGAGUCGAGUUGCGUGCAAGCUGCUUUCCGUGAAGUCGUGGGGGGAUAGCAGGACACUUGCCUCCUUUAUUAAGCGUACGGAAGCGAGUACGCCUGUGCUUUUAAUCACAACGGCGGGCGCCGAUCCAUCGCAGGAGCUUCAGGAACUCGCCUACCAAAGAGUUGGGCGUGAGCGGUUUCAUCAAGUCGCGAUGGGUGGUGGGCAGACUGACGAGGCAAUUCGGCUGCUGCGGGUUUCUGCCGAGAAGGGUGAUUGGCUCUUCCUCAAGAAUCUACACCUCGUGAUUCCAUGGGUGCCGGUGCUGCAGAAGGAGUUUAACCUGCUCACCCCCGAUCCCAGCUUUCGGCUCUUCCUCACAAGCGAAUCACACGACGAAUUCCCUUCCAUUCUUCUCUCCCAGAGCCUCAAAAUAACCUUUGAGGCCCCACCGGGGGUGCAGCAGAAUCUCUUGCACACCUAUAAAGAAUGGGAGGGCGCCGCCUUGGAGUUAAAAGGAGCACGACAAAUGGAACUCCUUUUCAUCGCCGCUUCGUUUCAUGCCAUUGUGCAGGAGCGGUGCUCGUAUGUGCCGCAGGGAUGGUCAAAGAUGUACGAGGUGACCUCCGCCGACCUCAAGUCCGCCGCCGACAUUGUUCUGCAGCAAACGAAGGCGGAAACCGACUGGAAGGCGAUUCGCGGCAUCCUGGAGAAUGCCAUCUAUGGUGCUCGUAUGGAGAGUGAGUUUGACCUGCGUAUUCUUCAGGAGUACACCCAGCACUUCUUUCACCCUGCCGUGCUUGCAGGUGCCAAGCGGCAACGCAGCCUUUUUGCCACGCUCCGGGUUCCAGCGACGAGGAAGCAUGCGGACUACGUCAGGGCCAUUGCAGACCUCCCUGAGAGUGACGUACCUUCCCUUUUUUCACUCCCACCAAACGCCGAUCGCGUUGUGCAGCUUUCGAAGGUGCGGCAAUUAACGGACGAUCUGCAGCACCUCAAUGAGACUAAGGCAGCGGCCUCCUUCACGCGGGAGGAGUGGGCGAGCCGGCUGACGCCGGUGCUGCGAGCCUGGGCUGAGUUGACCCAGCCCCAUUCCAAUCUCUUGACACGCUCGGCGAUGGAGCCGGCUGAGUCCACGCCCAUUCUUGGUUUCUUGACGGCGGAAAUGGUCUCCUCCCUGCGUCUGGUCUCGGUGGUGGAUGAGUCCAUCGGCGAACUGCGCAAGGUGACGGAGGGCGCGGCGCUGCUGAAGGAGGACCGUCGUGCGGAGGCGGCCGCCAUGAUCGCUGGGGAGGUGCCACCGCACUGGGAUGGCUACUUCCACGGAUCCCCGCGUAUUUUGCCGUGGCUGCAGUCCCUGCUUCGUCGCGCCACCACGAUUGUGCAGUGGCGUCAGAUGGCAAUGAGCCGCGAGCUUCUGAAAGCCGACCUCAACAUCUCGAGCCUUUUCCGACCGCAAACCUUCCUACAUGCGCUGCGACAAGAAACCGCCCAUUCCCUCCGCGAACCACUUGUCUCCCUGCAGCUUGUAACCUCAAUUUCUGUCCCGCCUGAAGGGGCACCUCUUCCAGUUUGCCUGGAGGGUCUUUUGCUGCAAGGGGCCAUUAUUGACAGCUCCGACGUGACGCAGCCAAUCGAAACCUCCGACGAGCCCGCACUCUUCCCGAUGCCGAAGGUUUACGUGGCAUGGAUGUCAAAGCCACCCGCGCCAAAAACCUCCAUUUCUGUCCCGCUUUACACGAACGCAACAAAGGAGAAGUAUUUGAUGGACUUGACGCUGCCAUGUGCGAGUGAAGCAGAUGUGAAGACGUUUAUUUUGGCAGGUGUCUCUAUUGUGCUUGAGCCGUAG